UCUCUUGGCUCUUCUUCUGCCACAUCGGAUCCUCCGCCAAACCCGUUAACCCGUUAACCCCUUUCCCUUUUUUUUCAUUUUAGUCCUUCUUUUUCCCCUUUUUUGUUUUUCAGUCCUUCGCUUCAUCUCUCUCUUCGUCUUCCCGCCAUCAUCACCACCGCCGCCGCCACCGUCGUAGCGAGAGCCGGCGUUGGGAUCGAUGGUGAUGACGGUGGUGACGCCGCUUAAGUCCAUCCGGGAGACGGUGGUGCAAAGCGUGCUGGCUUACCAGCAGACUAGCCCGCACGGGAAGCGCUGUGAGAACUACGCCGGCGGUGCCGUCGUCUAUGAUGAUGAUGAGCCUGAUUCUUGGGCUGAUCCUGAUGAGGAUGCGAUGGAGCUCGUCCAGAUUGGCGCUGAGCGAGCCAAGAACGUGCUUGUGCUUAUGAGUGAUACCGGCGGUGGUCACCGCGCCUCCGCUGAGGCCAUUCGCGAUGCCUUUCGCAUCGAGUUUGGUGAUUCUUAUCGGGUGUUUGUGAAAGACCUUGGCAAGGAGCAUGCAGGGUGGCCUUUGAAUGACAUGGAGAGAUCCUAUAAGUUCAUGGUGAAGCACACACAACUCUGGAAGAUGGCCUUCCACUCUACCUAUCCUCGCUGGGUCCAUUGCUUCUAUCUUGCAACCGUGGCCUCCUUCUACGCCAAAAAGGUGGAGGCUGGUCUGAAGAAAUACAAGCCUGAUAUCAUCAUAAGUGUUCAUCCUCUCAUGCAGCACAUUCCCCUUUGGGUGCUAAAAUGGCGUCUCCAGAAGAAGGUUGUGUUUGUUACUGUUAUCACAGACCUGAACACUUGCCACCCUACAUGGUUCCAUGCUGGAGUAAAUAGAUGUUAUUGCCCUUCAGAAGAAGUGUACAAAAGGGCAAUGCUUGAAGGCUUGGAAACUUCUCAGAUUCGUGUGUUUGGUUUGCCAAUCCGGCCAUCAUUUUGUCGAGCCAUUCUUGUUAAGGAUGACCUGAGGAAAGAACUUGAGAUGGACCCUGAACUGCCUGCAGUUCUUCUAAUGGGAGGCGGCGAGGGAAUGGGUCCAGUCAAAAAAACAGCGAAGGCUCUUGGAGAAGCAUUGUUCGACGAAGAGCUUGGUCAACCGAUUGGACAGAUUGUUAUCAUAUGUGGCAGGAACCAAACAUUAAGCUCUACUCUGCAAUCAAUUCAAUGGAAAGUCCCUGUAAAGAUAAGGGGAUUCGAAACUCAGAUGGAGAAAUGGAUGGGAGCUUGUGAUUGCAUUAUUACAAAGGCAGGACCAGGUACAAUUGCCGAGGCUUUGAUCAGAGGAUUGCCUAUCAUCCUCAAUGACUUCAUACCCGGACAGGAAGUUGGUAACGUCCCGUAUGUUGUUGAGAAUGGAGCUGGUGUCUUCUCCAAAAGCCCAAAGGAAACUGCUCGGUUGGUGGCUCAUUGGUUUGGUCCUGAAAAGGAUGAGCUGAAGAAAAUGUCCGAGAAUGCACUCAAAUUAGCGCAACCAGAUGCAGUGUUUGACAUUGUCAAGGACAUAAAUGAGCUUGCCGAGCAAUGUGGACCGAUGGCAAACAUUUCCUAUUCGUUGACAUCAUCCUUCUCGAACCCAAUUUAAAAAUGGAAACAAAGGCUGACACAGUUGAGCUAACAUAUCGUAUCGUCACUCGCAUCAGGAGUUUGACAAGCUCUGUGUAUAACUAGGAUUGACAUUCUUUUGAUUCAUGAGGUGGAUUCUUUUAGUGCCAUGGCUUUUGAGAGAAGGGGGCAAUUGAUCUUUGGUGGUCUUAAGAAGAAUUAAAAGAUUGCAUAUGAUUUCCGUGCUCUCGGUGAAAUUCUAAUGUUCAAUUGUUGUUCUUUGUUGUUGUAAUUUGUAAAUGAUGUGUGUUUGAUUCAUGCUUUGUGUUGAGUUUGAGAAGUUGUUUGUUUGUAUUGUGAUCACCAUAGAAUUGUUCUCAGUGAAUCAAAAUAGAGCUCUGGCUUUGCUUGGUGUUGUUUUAGUUGUAUAAGAAUGAAAUCUAUACUUUGUUA